AUGCACACCCCAGUACUGGAGCAGCAGGACAGAGUCAUGGCCGAAGAUGGUGCCUCAGAUGUCGACGAUGUCCAAAGUGUUCGGUUGCUACUUUUGGACGAUCGGUAUGCGAAUGGAGGGACUAGGGAAUUGCCUGAGAGUAUCAAGGUUUUUGCUUUGCAACAGUUUGAUCUUUAUGGAGGUGGUGGAUUUGGUGGCGGUGGAGCUGGUUUAGGUGGAGGCUUUGGUGCUGAUGGUGGAGGAAGUGGUGGUAUAGGUGGUGGAGCAGGUUUAGGUGGAGACUUUGGUGCUAGUGGUGGCCUAUAA